AAAAAAAAAAAAAAAAAAAAAAAAAAAAAAAAAAACAAAAAGACAAAAGAGAAAAAAAACCAAAAACACCAUUAACAUGUUCUUUUUUUUCUUUCUUAUUUUCAAUUUGAAGUUUUAUCUAAAAACCUCAGCUAAUUCGAUUCAGGAAAUGAUGAGCAUUGUAUGUGGCCACGGCCACCAUUGCAAUUGGAGAGUGAGAGUUGGAGUUCAAAACCCUAUUUGCAAAUCAAGAUUUAAUCAGUUUCCUCAACUUCCAUAUUUUCGUUUUGGAGGGUUUAUUCUCUAUAAUUAUACCCGCAAAUAUACGCCUGUCAUAUGCUGCAGUUCGGUGGAUGAUUUGGAUGGCAAUGAUUCAGAAGAAGAAGAUGAUGAAGUUAGCGACAACAAAGAUAAAGCCGAAGCUGCUGGGAUUGAUAGCGAAAUGCUGAGAAAGAAUCUUGAAAGAAUUGUUGGUGCAGAUGAUUCCAACUUUAGUGGAAUAGACCUUGCAACUCUUAUUAGGAACAAGUAUGGCAGGUCUUAUGAUGUUCAACUAAUAAAGAAGGAGUUCAUGGGAAGAAAUCUUCUUGCUUUGAACGUCAUGUGGAAGUAUGUGGAACAGAGAUCCUUCCCGCUUACCGAGGAAGAGUAUCUAUUGAGGCUUGACGAUGUCGCAAACACAUUGAAAUGUUGGGGAGCUGUCUCACACAUUCGAAGCAGCUUAGCAAAGUCAAAGGAGCGUCCUCGGAUUGGGAAGGCCGUAAGCAUUUUUAUCGACAUGGAUGAGACAGGAGGCCGUGCGAAUGAAUGGAUAUACAAGUAGAUUGUGCAGGAUUUUCCCUCUGCCACUUUGGUGCAUCCUGUGAAUAUGAGAGACACGAUCCAUCCAACUGUCAUAAAUUACUGUAUGGAAGCAGUUGUUAUAAGGCAUUGAACAUUUUCUGCUUCAUAUUUGUUGUAAGUUUUCUGUCUUACUAGAUAGAAACCACAGUGGCAUGUAAAGCAUUUUCAUAGUUAUUUUGCUUGAAAUUUAAUUUCAUUUAUGAGCACAUUCUGCCUCUUAUUUAUUUAUUUAUUUAUUUAUUUU